AUGUCUGAUUUACUUAAUUACUCCAUAAUGCACCCAAGGUCACCAGUAUCAUCUAAUGCAUCAUCAUUCAGCAGUCCAAGGAUGAGUUAUACUGCACCACCAUCACAUACUACUGUAUUACCACCUAUUAAUACCCUUAUGCAAUCAGCAACUCAACAGCAGAAUCAACUGUCACCAUCGUCACAGAUUAAGUUGCCACCUAUUAAUACCUCAAACUAUUCAUUGAAUAGACCCAACUUGCCAAGUCCAACAUAUGCCCAACUUACUGAGUCUAACUUGUCUCAAUUUCAGCCUAAUAGAGAUUCACACGGUUUGGGUUUAUUGAGCUCAGCUAUCUUUUUGGACCAACAGCAGCAGCAGCAGCAGCAACAACAACAACAACAAAUUCAACAGCAUAGCCAACCAAGUUCUAGAUCAUCGUCAGUACCAUCGCUAGUUUCGUUAGCUUCAUCUGUUUCUUCAUACACAUCAUCACCAGCAACUCCUGAGUAUGUCCACGCAAGCAUUCAACAACAACCACAACAACCACAACAGCAACAACCAACACCAAUAUCUACCCCAAAACUAACAGUGUCAAGUAAGCCGGCAUCUUCAUCCACAUCUACCACAAACAAGAGAAGACAAAGACUUGGCCCAUCAUGCGACUCGUGUCGUGCACGUAAAGUCAAAUGCAAUGCCGAAAUCACAACCUUGUCUCCUUCAUCACCAGCCUCCCUUGCAUCCACAUUCAACUUGACUCCACAGCAACUCGAUACAUUAUCCACCACUAACAAAAUCUUCAUUGGUAGUGAUAACUUCCAACUCCUCCAUGUUAAUGAUAAAUAUAUCCAUUUCAAACCAUGUCAUUCGUGUAUGGGAAAGAAGAUCGAUUGUUGUUUCUCCAACGGCUUUACUAAGGAGGAUAUCUUGAGCAACAAAAAGAAACUGAAGAAGUCUAGUUGCUGCAGUGGGGGAAACGCAGGAAAAGUUACUAAGGACAGCAGCAGUAAAAAAGUUGGCGGUGGAGGCAGAAAUGGUGGGGUUUAUUUGGAUAAAUUGUUGAAUUGUGGUGCUUUAACAGAAGCACAAGUUGGCAUCACUGCUUAA